AUGAAGAAGAUCAGUGUCUUCGCUUUUUGGUUGAUUUUGGUUUUGGUGGGAGUGUUAUGUUGUGAAGGGUGUUGGAAGCAUGAGAAAGAAGCUCUCGUUAAUAUCAACAGUGUCUACUUCGAAAACAAUUUACCUUGGGUAGACACCACUGACUGUUGCAAAUGGGACAGGGUUGAGUGUAACUCCACCACAGGGCGAGUGGUGAAACUUGAUCUUUCUGAUGGGACUGAUUAUCAUCAUGGCUUAUGGAUUCUCAAUUACUCCCAUUUUCUUGUGUUUGAAGACAUGAGGAAUCUCAACUUGUCAGGCAAUGACAUAUCGAGCUGCGUUGAAACCCAAGCAUUAGGACUAAAUAAUCUGGAGGUCCUGGAUUUGAGUUAUAAUUUUGGCACCCACAAUAUCUUAUCAUGCGUGCUUGAGUCUUCAUCUCUUAAGGUUCUAUACUUACAAAUCAACAAAUUCGAUGCAACUUCAUACCGAGGUUUAUUCUCCAUGUUGGUAAAUCUCGAGGUUCUUGACUUGACCAUGUGCGAAUUAAGGGACGAUGACGUUGCAUCUGCUUUGAGUGCUCUUCCAUCUCUAAAUUUAGAAUUUUACUCAAGGACGUUGGGGUCGUUGUCGCCCGUCGGAGAUCUCGUUCAUGGAGUGGGACUCGAGGACGAGGCCGCACUCGGAGCAGAGGAUGUCCCCGGUGGAGUGGUCUGGGACGAGGCCGCACUCGGAGAAGGCGAUGUCGCCGGUGGAGCGGUCGGGGACGAGGCUGCAGUCGGAGUAGAUGAUGCCGCCGGUGGAAUGGUCGAGAACGAGACUGGACGACGCGAGAAAGCGAUGGAGGGAGUGGGAGGGAGGGAGUCAGAUCUGGAGGAAGAAGGAAAGGAGGGAGAGCGAGGGAGCGAGGGCGGGAGUCAGAUCUGGAGGAAGAAGGAAAUGAAAGGUUACGUUUUUUUGGUUAAGAUACGUGCACAUAUGACUCGGUUCUCUUUCGCCCGAAACAAUACAUGCAUAUAG